AUGUCCUUCUUCAAGCGAUCAAACAAGAACAAGUCCGCCUCGGCCGCUUCCUCCCCUGCCCAGACCCCUCGCGCAUCCAUGCAGAGCUCAAGAUCGUCAGAUGUCAAGUUGACCCAUGAACAGGCCAUCUACAAGAUUGCCCAUAACAAGCUGACCUUUGCCGCCGCCGGAAUCAACCAGUUCCAAGCCUACUCAAGCAACCCUCAGUCCUCUCUCACAACAACCCAAGAAACACUCAAGCCAACCAUGUCUCUCUUCAAGCGCUCCAACAAGAACAAGACCGCCUCUGCUGCCUCGACCCCAGCUCAGACUCCUCGCACCUCAAUGCAAACUAUCCGUGAUACCACCGGUACCAAGAUGACCCCCGAGGAGGCCCUGUACAAGAUCUCUCACAACAUGAUGUCCAAUGCCUCGACCGGUCCUUUCAUCCGCUAA